AUGGUGUCAACUUGGAUUAUGAGGUCGAUCUCCCCAGAAAUCGCGCAGACAGUCUUUUGGGUAGGAACAGCCGAGAAGAUAUGGACCACAUUGAAGUCUAGGUUCAGCGAGGCAGAUAUCUUCAGAAUCUCCGAUCUGCAUGCUGAGAUUCAUCAAAUUAGACAAGGUGAUCUAACUGUAAGUGCUUAUUUUGCAAAGUUAAAGAGUUUAUGGGAUGAACUUCAAGUUAUUAGACCUCUGCCUACUUGCAAGUGUGAGAGGAUGUGCAAUUGUGUCCUGUUAGAUACUUUGCAGCAGCAUUUAGAGAGUGAUAAUCUCUCAGUUUUCUUAAGAGGUCUCAAUGAGACCUAUGCCUCUGUCCAAUCCCAGAUAAUGAUGACUAAACCCCUCCCCACUGUUGAUGAGGCCUUUAUGAUGAUUCAACAACAAGAGAGGAGGUUUAACUGUGGAACAGCAGACUUGCAGAUCCAAGAAGCGAGGCAGCAUUCUCCUUACUCAAGGGAAUGGUUCAGUCAGGAUGAAUUUAGAAUGCUUAGACAGCUCUUGCAGAGGGAUUGUAAAGUUCAAAGCUCAUCACCUCUCAGUGGAUCUGAAGGGAUAGCACCCCAAACCAAUUUGAUUGCUGCCAAUUUGCUCCCAAUCUACAGAUGGAAGGUAGUUGAAGGCAUGUUUGUUGAAUUACCCAAUGGUGAUAAGAUUAAAAUCACACAUGUUGGAUCUAUUUGUGCUGACAGCUUGGUUUUAGAGAAUGUGUUCUGUGUCCCUGGAUUCCACUAUAACUUGAUCUCUAUUAGUGAAUUAAUUAGAGCUUCCAAGUGCAAAUUGCUACUGUAUGAUGAUUUGUGUGUUAUACAGGAUCAGGGAUGUGGGAGGAUGAUUGGAUUGGCUAGACUGCAGAGAGGGUUAUAUCAUCUUGUAAAACCUGAUUUUUCUGUCUUCAAUUAA